ACACACAGACAUGUAAAUACACACACACAGAAACAUAUACACAUACAGACACAUGUAUACACACACGCAUACACAUACAUACACGCAAACACAUGUACAGAUACACACAUGUACAUGCAUACACAGAUACACACACACACACACAAAGUUGCAGUACUUCGUUGUUCACUCACAGAGCCAGGUACUGCACUCUAGGGGGAGGCAGAGAGCACAGCACACACUCCUUCCUUUGCUUUCACUGCGCUCAGCUAUUGAGCAGUCUGACUGCUCCCAGUGCCAAUGACAGAUCCGGCCUGAGCUCCGAGACUGCUCAGCAAGAUGGCCCUGGGGGACACGCUUGCCCCACCAUAAUUUCCACUCGCCAAUGGCGAGCAGGCGAGUGGAAAUUUCAAGACCUGGGUUAAAGUA